UGUUAUUGGCUUGUCAGUAGAUACAGUUUUCUCCCAGAUGAACAUGUCGGCAUUUGCUUGGCCGUCUGUAGCACGUGUCUGCGGGGCAGCUUUUUAACGAGGUUUGGUGACGUCACCGCGGUCACCCUGAGGAAAGAUGGCGGCUUCUGCAAGCGAUGGUUCUUCUCUUCCAUCUCUGGAUCUGGGGAACUUGAAGAAUAAACGUUGGUGGAACAAGAUAUUUGGGCAAAACUCUGGUCCUGGUUCAGAAAAAUAUUCUGUGCUAACACAAAUCUUGGUUGGAGGUGCAGCUGGCUGGUGUGCCGGGUUCCUUUGUAUCAAAGUGGGGAAGCUGGCAGCAUCUGCAGCUGGAGGGGGCUUUUUGAUUCUACAGAUUGCUCAUCAUACUGGAUAUAUCCAUGUGAACUGGAAGCGGUUAGAAAAAGACAUGAACAAAGCCAAAGAACAACUGAAAAUCCAGAGCAAAAGAAAAAGUAGAGCACAGGAGAUUCAGAUCUUCUUAAAGAGAAAUGCAGCAGCUGCAGGAGGUUUUGCUGGUGGUUUUCUGAUUGGAAUGGCAUCAUAAACCUUUUAAUUCAAAUACUUUUUUUGUGUAUUUGCCUCUUAAAUAUAUCUUGCACUAUUUACAUUUUUCUGGUAUAUAACAAUUUAUUGCAGGAAAACUACUGCUCAGUACACACAGUACAGGGAUAUACCUUGGAAAAUACACAAUUCUGUGCACUUAUUACAGGGAUGUAUACUUGUAUAUACACUGACUGCAGAAAUAUACCCUCUGAAGAGAUCCUUGAA